AUGGCCAUUGAUCGCUCUGAAAAGGGACGGGCAACCGGCCCCCAAGCCCAGGGUGUGGACCUAGCACCAAUGCCGAUUGUCGCGACCGGGCCAUCUACGGGGACAACGACUCCGUCGAUAAACUCUGGCAAAGGCGUUGAGGAGAAGGUUGAGCGUGUACCGGAGCGGGCAGUUCUUCCCAACCAACUUGGCACGGAGCUCAGUCGACAAGUCCGAUAUAAAUAUGCCUCAUCCUAUCGAAAAAUAUUCGGAGUUAUCUUCACUAUUAACUGUGCUGUCUUCAUCUCCUUAAUGGUGAAUGCAAAUGGGAACCCCAACUCGCGGGAGGUUGGUAACGCUGCUUCCGCAAAUCUGAUGGUCUCUAUCCUAUUCCGCCAGGAGGAAUUUGUCAACUUAUGCUACGAGAUCUUCACUUGCGUCCCCCACUCGUUGCCCCUGUACAUCCGAAAACGUCUGGCCAAAGUCUUCCAUUAUGGUGGUUGCCAUAGUGGUGCCGGUACUGCUGCCGUGGUGUGGUAUAUCCUGUAUACGGUGCUAGCGACGAAGGAAUGGAUCGACGAACCCCUUACUGAUGUGCUCGUCAACAUGGUCACUAGCUGGGUGUUGGUCUCGAUGUUCCUCAUUAUCUUAACAUCGGCUCACCCUAACCUACGACGGAGAUUUCAUGACUAUUUUGAGGCUUUCCACCGUUUCGCUGGCUGGACUGCUCUGACCACCUUUUGGAUUCACAACAUCUUCUCGGCGAGAGUCACUGCUAGGCAAUGGGACACAUCUCUUGGUUACGUGCUUGUCAGCUCGCCGAAUUUCUGGUUUAUCUGCAUCUCGACCUCUUGCACAAUAGCCUCCUGGUCCCGCCUGCGCCACCGAACUGUGUACCCAGAAAAGCUAAGCGACCACGCCACUCGUCUGCACUUCAAGUAUAGGGGCAUGGCUCCCUUCUACGGACUGAAGAUUAGUGACAAACCCCUGACAGAGUGGCACGCCUUUGCUACUAUCCCCGACACUGACCCGGAGUCCGGAAAGAUCAACGGGUUCAGUGUCGUGGUAAGCAACGCAGGCGACUGGACCAAGAAGCAGAUCAUGAAGCCCCAAGAAAGAAAGUUGUGGGUACGUGGUGCUCCCCUACACGGGCUCCUCUACACAUCAAAGCUCUUCAGGCGCAUAGUUGUAGUUGCAACUGGUUCAGGCAUCGGCCCUUGUCUCUCGCUCCUCUUCGCAGAUGUUACGCCCCGUCGCGUGUUUUGGAGCACUCGGGACCCCGUUGCGACGUACGGCCCCGGUGUUGUUGCAGAGGUCACGAGAGCUGAUCCCAAUGCCGUCAUCUGGAACACCCACGAGAGAGGAUAUCCGGACAUUGUUCGAGAGGUCUAUCAACUUGUUCACGAAUCAGAUGCUGAGGCUGUCUUCAUCAUUUCUAACCCCAAGGUGACGGAGAAAGUUGUCUAUGGCAUGACUUCGCGUGGGGUUCCCGCGUAUGGAGCCAUUUUCGACUCGUGA